GUUUGAAUAAACGGAACAUUUGAUGAAAAAUCUCUUGUAUUCAAUCAACAGUAAUCUGCACAUUUUAAGGGUUAAUUCUAUCUUUUAGGUUUCUUGAUUUCGUUCACUUUCACAGCUCAUAUACUUUAUAUUCUGCUUUCUCGUAAUAUUCGAAGUUUGAGCGAGAUAAGGAAAUAAACAAUGGGCGUAGAAAUGAAAGUCGCUGUUGUCUGUUCGAGUAAUCAGAACAGGAGUAUGGAAGCUCAUAGUUUCUUAAGUAAAAGAGGAUACAGAGUGAGGUCAUUUGGAACAGGAAACCAGGUUAAGUUACCAGGUCCAUCUUUAGACAAACCCAACAUCUACGAUUUCAACACAACAUAUGAUGAAAUGUACAAAGAUCUCCUGCGUAAAGAUCCAGAACUAUAUACACAGAAUGGUAUUCUACACAUGUUGGACAGGAAUCGUAGAAUCAAACCCAAGCCCGAGAGAUUCCAGUCGUGUAAAGAUAAGUUUGAUGUGGUCAUUACAUGUGAAGAGAGAGUCUAUGAUCAGCUACUUGAAGAUAUGGAAAGUCGGGAGAAAGACGACAUGAACCCUGUCCACAUCAUAAAUAUUGAUAUACAGGAUAAUCAUGAAGAGGCUACCAUUGGGGCAUUUCUCAUAUGUGAUCUGGUUUCCAUGUUAAGUGAGUCAGACGAUCUGGAUAAUGACAUUGAUGAAAUACUGCAGGACUUUGAACCACGAUGUCAAAGAACAAUUUUGCAUACAGUCAAUUUCUACUGAUAACUUGCUCUAAGUAUACUACCAUGUGCUUUCAUCUAUGUUGUAUUUGUGAGCUUGUCAAAUGUUUUCACAGACCGGAGAAGAAAACUGGAACAAAACUUUAUCAUGUUGUAGAUGGUAGACAUUUAGAUUCUUGUUUUUUUUAACCGGAUUUUCGAAGGAAAUAUCAGUUAUUGAUUUGGGGAUGUAUGGCGGGCGGGCGGGCGGAUGGGCGACUGCCAAACAGUGUCUCUUCAAUAACAUGAAAACGCUGUGUUGAUUUUUUUUCAAAUUUAGAUAUGUUGUUUUUUGUGACUAAAUGAAGGUCAAGUUCAAAAUUCACGAUUUUAGUAUUUCUCCCUUUUGAGUUAUCGCCAUUUUUAAUAUCCAAAAGUGGUAUUUUUAAAUAUUUUUUAUAUCAGCAAUGUCUUGGACGAGUUCAAAAAACAGUGCCAAUCGAUUAUUCUAAAAAGAGUUAUGCCCCUUUGAAACAUUGAUUAUAUGGAAAAUUGCAUUGUAAGUGCUCUCGUAUGUACAAUUUUUGCCAGAUUUUUAUCAAAUUCAUAUCAAAGGUAUAUAACAACAAUGUCUCAGACAAUUUCAAAAAUAAGUGAUGACCAAAUUAUUUAAUCAAUUAUCAAAAUUAAUUAUUGUCCUUGGACAGAACAGAUAAAAUAUACGCAAUGCAGGGGACAUUGGAACUCUGUUCUUUUAUUAAUGUUAUAAAGCUUCUAUAUCUCCACUUUAUGUUUAUAUUAUUGUUGCUGUUAGGAAUCAUUUCUGUAUUUUUUCUUUUUUUUUUUUUUUGGUGAGGGGGGGGGGGGGGGAGAGGGGGAUCUCUCCUUUCUCUUAAACUCAUGUAAGCUAUUGUCAUCAUUUGUAUAGCUCAUAAAGAUAUUACUUUUCUUUUUUAGAAAAGUUAAUUGAUUUGUUUUAUUGUCAAAUAAUGUGCAUUGUUUGGGGAGGUUUUUUUUUACAUUUUGUAUAAAUUAUUAGACAAGAAAUAAAAGGAAAAAAAAACAUUUGACUUAAAGAUGACCGUGUUGGCCAGCAAUUCUAUUUGACCUGUAAGACUGUGCAUUUGUCAAGGAAAUGCACAAAUUUACCUGUCUAAUGUUAUUGCUGCUUCUAACUUUGUAAAGGUGAAUGUAUAACUUUGUAAUUUUUGUUAUCUUUUGCUUUAUUUUGAGGAUUGUUUCUAACAGAUAGUUCUAUUCAAAAAUUAUGAAAAUGAUGAAUAUGAAACUUUUAUUCUCAGCUUCGCUGAAUAUUUUAACCAAUUUCAUUGUUAGAGAUCAUGCAAUCCUUACUUCAAAGCACAGGUGCUUGGUAGGACCAGGACAGUACUGAACAUAUAUUGCAGUCUGUCUUAUCUGAACCCCAAUCAUAGCAAAACUGGGUUGAAUUAUAAGCUAAACUUAAAGAGUUAGUAUUACAAGUGUACAUAGAUCAUGAAUCAUAUUUAUAUAGGUAUCAUGAGCUCAGUAGUCAGUACUUCGAUACUGACAUGAUUUAUAACAAACCUAUCUAAAAUUGUCCAUUAAUAAAUUUUGAAAUUAUUAGAAACUAAGGUUUCAACUCCCUCAGGCAAAGUCGACCUUAGAUGGAUUUGGCUAUUUUUUAAGUCCUUUUUGUUAAUAUAGCUCUUUAACUGUUUCGGUUCUUAUAAAUCCUUGGCUUCAAAUAUUCGACUUUGAGCAUUUCUGAUGAAGGUAAAUCCAGAAAAGUGCUUCUGACGCAAGAAAUUUAUAACGUGUUGUUUUCAUUUUUUAGAUAGCACACCGAAGUUGUUACCCAAAUAUUUUUUGUUGUUUUUUGUUUUUGUGUACAAAAAGAUGAAAUGAUUAAACAUUUUCAAUGCUGUAUUAAACAGUGAUUUGGUAUUCAUAUAAAAUUCACAAUUUUUUGUUUUUGAAAUUGUUGAUUAAAAAAUAAUUUUUCUUCCCUAACAGAAGAUGAAGAAUCCACCUUUUCUUUUAUUUUUUUUAACUUUUUUAGAUAAAAGUAUGUUGUCUUUGCCAAGAAAUUUACUUUUUGAUAUGUUCAAAUUACUGGUGGAGUAGUGUAUUAAUUACAACCAGUAAUUGUGAUAAAAUUUGCAUUAAAAAAUCGUGAAGUGUUUCAUAGAUUGAUAUAUUGAGCAUCAGACAUGACAUAUUUAUUUUUCUAGAAUCUUUAGACUGGUCAAGAGUUUCAAAUAUUAUUGUUUAUAGCAUGCAAUGCAAUGGCAUAUGCAGCUGAUUUUGGAAUUAUUGCAUUAUCAAUUCAUAUCUUAUUUACAGCAGUCAAAUGAAUAAUUUUUUUAUGUAAGUAGUGAACAGUUGUUAAAAUAUUUGUACAGGAAAAUUGUCUAAAUAUAAAUCUGUACAUAAAGGUAAUAGGUAUCUUAUUUUUUGUCUGUACAGGAAAAUUGUCUAAUUUUUUUUGUCUGUAUAGACAAUUAGCCUGUAUCUUAUUAUUUGUCUGUACAGGAAAUUGUCCAAAUAUUUGUAUGUACAGGAAAUUGUACAAAUAUUUGUCUGUACAGGAAAUUUUCAAAAUAUUUGUCUGUACAGGAAAUUGUCAAAAUAUUUGUCUUUACAGGAAAAUUGUCUAUUUGUUUGUCUGUACAGAAAGGUGACAGGUAUCUUAUGAUUUGUUAGUAAUUUCAUCUAAGUAUUUUUAUGUACAGAAUCUUUGUCUAAAUACUAAAUACCAUUUCUAAAUAUAUGAUAGUACAUGUACUUUGUUGUAUUUUUUUGGGGACAGAGACUCUGUCUAAAUAUUUUUCUCUGCUGUAAUAUUGAUUACUUGAAGGAUACAUUUCCUUUAUAGCAAGGAAAUCUGUUGAUUGUUGAUUGUUAUAUUUUGUAAAAGUAGGUCUGAUAAAGUCAAUAAAAUAAUAUAAAACAUUAA